AUGGCGCCCUCGACUACUAAUAAGCCCGCUUUCGUCCCGCUCGAGAUCAAACCCAUCGAGUUCUCCCUCACAGCCGGGACCGAUAUCCCCGCGCCGCCCGAAUCCCCGCCUGCCACCCCAGGCCGCCCACCUACACCUGGCCGUGGUCCACUCUCGUCGCAUCCCACGUCUCCCCAUGACAACCACUCUGACGACCCCAUGGCCUCCACGAAACCCAAGCAGAGUUCCAGCGAGAGCUCCAGCCAGACCGGUGGUCCCGUCAAUGGCGAGACGCGCGGUCGCACCGAGAGCGUCGCCACCGUCAACACCAAGCCCGGCUCGCCCGGCUCGAAAAAUGUGUUGAGCCCGACGCCGACCGCCGGGAGCGUUAGCAGCAGCAAGCGACCUUCAUCUGUUCGCCGCUUCUUCGGCUUCCGCUCCGCCUCCUCGUCGGACAGCCUGCGAAACAGCCGUCCGACGAGCCCGCAGAACUCGUCAGACGGUCCCACGCCCCGACCAAACAUGCGCGAGCGCAGGAAGAGUGGAAGCUGGUUCAACAAGCGCGCGAGCACAAUGUUUGGAAGCCUUGCUGAGGUCGGCGAGUUCUCGAAUGGAAGCGCCAUCGAAGAGCCGAAGCCCGAGACGAAGGGCCCGCCGCCGCCCAAGCUGCCAGACCUCAAGAAAUUGGGUACGGAGCUCAACGACGGAUCGCUCGGCGCGGAUGACAUGUUCAAGCACAUCAAAUAA